AAGGGGAAUGUUGCUGCUUUAGCUGUUCAACAAAACAUUCAUAAAUAGUCCCAAGGAAGUUUAUUCCGCCAAGGAGCAUUCUGGGUGCUGUGACAGUGUUCGGGUGGUUGCUAAGUAUUCAGGUUCACUACCUCCCGCGACGAUCUUAUGCUUACUUCGGAAUCUAAUGUUCGCAAUAGGCUUCUAUUUAUAGUCGACUACUUUAAUAAGCUGAGGUCGAACAGCAAUUUUCUUACCUUGAUUAUAUCUUGCUGAAUCAGCGCAAAAUCAUCUCUCGUCACAACCUUGCCUCAGAUGAGGCCAUCGCCAUGAAGCACCUGGGCUUCCUAGCCCAGCUUGAUCAUCCCAGAGAGGCCAUCCGACAGUUCACGCCGUCAUGGUUCACCGUGACUAUGGGCACUGGGAUCAUCUCCCAGCUGUUGUACAACUUCCCGUUUCCCUUCCAGGGCCUGGAGCAACUGGCAUGGGCGUUUUGGUGGUUGAAUGUGGUGCUCUUUGCCCUCUUCAGUGGUAUGCAGCUGGCACAGAUAGUGUGCUUCCCCAAGGAGGCACUGCAGAUUCUGCACGACCCAACACAGUCCCUCUUCAUAGGAGCAAUCCCCAUGGGCUUUGCCACGAUAGUGAAUGGCAUUGUCUUCUUCUGCGUCCCCAGAUAUGGCAGCGCUGCUGUGGAGGCUGCACUGGUCACUUUCUGGAUUGACACCGGCCUCUCGCUCAUCAGUGGCUGGCUGGUCCCGUACUACAUGUUUGUGCACCACAGGCACAAGAUGGAAACUAUGACGUCCGUCUGGUUCUUCCCCGUCGUCCCAGGCGUCGUCACUGCGCUGUCAGCCGCCAUCGUGGGCAAAGUUGUCGAUGCCAAAUCCGCUGCACAGCUGGUGUACACGGGGUACGUGCUGUGGGGGAUGACCAUACCGCUGGCGUUCUUUGUGAUAGCCAUAUUCUUUCAGCGCCUGAUGCUGCACGGCGCACCGGCCAAGGAGAGCAUGGUCAGCUGCCUGCUGCCCAUGGGACCCUUCGGAGCAAGCUCUGGAGCGCUGAUGGGCCUGGGAGUAUUAGCAAUGGAUGUGUUCAGUGAGCAGAGCAACAGCAAUCCUUUGCUGGUCAACUUUGCGCGAUCGGCUGCCGGGUUGGGACUCGUGGCAGGGCUGAUCCUGUGGGGCUUUGGCGUGUGGUGGCUGCUGAUGACGGCGAGCCUGCUGGGCACUCACUGGGGCGCGCUCCCCUUCAACAUGGGCUGGUGGGCAUUCAUCUUCCCCAUGGGCAUCUACUGCGCUGCCACUGACACCAUCGCAUCCCUCACCGGCCUGCGCUUCUUCCAGGUGAUGGGAGCGUUGCUGACAGUGGUGAUCAUAGUGGGCUGGAUCUAUGUCAUGGGCAUGACAGUAAUCAAGGCGUGGCAGGGCCACCUGUUCAGAGCGUACAGCCCAUCUCAGCCGAUGGCGGACCUACGCGGCCCUCGCCCGGCUGAGCCAGCGGUGACUAAUGGUGUCAAUGGCCUGUGA